AUGAACACGAUUCUACGUUCAAAUCCUGUUCGGGCGACGUUCUCCAAGAAGUCUUUGCCAUACUCAGCACGACCUUUGACGCUAGAGUUCAAUGAAAUUCCAGCGAACGGCUCGCAACACUGGUUUCGGAAUUUGCGAUGGGAUGACGACUAUGAUUCUUAUGACCUAGAUUCACCUAUUUAUGAACCCCAAGAGGUAAUGGAUGGCAGCUGGCAUGAUCCUGCACAUGGUUGGGAGAAUGGUGUGCAGGUGGAACCUCCUCCAUUCUUAGCCCAACUGCCGCGGCUGACGGAAUAUAUUUUCGAGCCAUAG